AUGCUUUCCCGCCAUCUCUAUGUCGUACCUGAACAAACAUCAUCCGACUUACCAUCUCGGUCCUACCCUGGUUCCUCAAGGCUGGCAAUACGCCCCUCACGUUUGAAAAACAAAUCCUCCAGUCACUUCGGAAGUUCGCGAGGGCUAUCUCCUAGCCCAUCAACAUCUGUAGCUCGUGUUUCGUCUGGUUCGUCGGAACCGAUACAUUCAUCACUGACGGUGUCUGCUGUAUCUUCUGCGGAGCCAGAGGAAGGGGUCGCUAGUAAGAACAGGACCAAACCUUGGAGUGGCUCUUAUCCGAAAAUGCAGAAUUCUCCUCUCUUAUCCCACGACAAAGAUGCAAAGGAUGCUCCGAGUGCGGUCAUGCACUGGAGCCGCGCCCCAGUAUACGGAACGCUCCCUCCGAAGAUGCGAAGGCCUUCUGUGACCCUGUUAGAUAAUGUUGCAUGGGUUUUUGGUGGCUACUAUAUGGGUGCUGGAACAAGCGAUAUAUACUGUUUCGAUACCGAUGCAAUGCACUGGUCACGACCCAAUACAACUGGUAACCCUCCUCCGCCUCUGGGCGGGCAUACCGCCACUCCGGUCGGUCGAAAGCUCGUCAUAUUUGGGGGUGGUAACGACGAAACGUGUUUCAAUUAUGUGUAUGUCUUUGACACGACGCUACGUGAGUGGUCGCGUCCAAUUGUCACGGGUCGUGAACCCUCCCCACGACGGGCUCAUUCCGCUGUGUUGUACGAUCAGAAGAUUUGGAUAUUUGGCGGAGGAACCGGAGUUGGUGCACUUGACGAUCUAUGGACCCUGGACGUAUCGGACAUGAAUAGCAUGCGAUGGGAACUGAUAACAACAGAUAGCUCCCAAGAAAAAGAAGAACCCUGUGCGAGGGGUUAUCAUACCGCUAACUUGGCGGGGAAGUAUAUGAUUAUUAUUGGCGGGAAGUCCCAGUCGAGGACUUGUUUGUGGGAUAUAUGGUUCUUUAGCUUUGUAAAUCUGAAAUGGCAUGCCGCCGACAUUUUGAAGAGGAAUCUACAUGUCCGUUUCGCACACACGUCCACGCUGGUUGGAUCCUAUCUUUUCAUACAAGGCGGCCAUGACGGGAACGACCACACCUCCGAAUUGCUCACUUUCAAUCUACACGAAAUGCGGUAUGAGAAACGACUGGUGUGUGGAACUCCGCCAAGUCAGCGGGGAUAUCAUGCAGCUGUUCUUGAUGAAAGCCGGCUAUUUGUCUUUGGAGGACACGACUCCGAGACUGGCUUUUGUGACGUGCAUAUUCUUGAUUUGGCUGGUUUGGCUUAUCUCCCACAAGUUACCGGGUUUGAGGUAGAUUUAUAG